AUGGACUUUGCCAGCCGCAACGCCGCGCCUCCCGGGGCCGAGGCCUCUGCGUCCUCCGCCGCCGAGGAGCCGGACUACCUCGCCAGGUACUUCGUCAUCAAGCACUCGUGGCGGGGGAGGUACCGCCGGAUCCUCUGCAUCGCAUCCCAUGGCGUCGUCACGCUCGACCCGGCCACGCUUACCGUCACCAACUCCUACGACUUCGCCGCUGACUUCGACCGCGCGGUGCCCGAUCCCAACGCCGCCGCCGAGUUCUCGCUCAGCGUCCGCACCGACGGCAAGGGCAAGUUCAAGGCCAUCCGCUUUUCCUCGCCGCUCCGCGCCGGGAUCCUCACCGAACUCCACCGCCUGCGCCCUGUGCAUCCGGUCGUCGAGUUCCCCGUCCUCCACCUCCGCCGCCGCACCCAAGAGUGGGCGCCCUUCAAAAUUAAAGUCACUUCUUUGGGAAUUGAGCUCUUCGAAGUACAUUCUGGCGAUAUGCGCUGGUGCUUGGACUUUAGAGAUAUGGAUUCUCCUGCUAUCGUGCUCUUGGGGGAUGGCUAUGGGAGGAGGACUGCUGAAGGUGGAGGAUUUGUGCUAUGCCCUCUUUAUGGAAGGAAGUCGAAAGCAUUUAUGGCCGCAUCAGGGAGUACAAACACUGUGAUUAUACAAUAUUUGACAAAAACUGCGAAGUCAAUGAUUGGAUUAUCACUCUCUGUGGACAGUUCACAAUCAAUGACAACUGCUGACUUUAUAUCAAGGAGAGCUAAUGAGGCAGUUGGAGCUGCUGAAACUCGACAUGGAGAAUGGUCAGUGAUAAGAUUACGUCCUGCUGCACAUGGUACCGCUUAUUUUGAGACCUCGAGUGUGGGUAUUGGACCAAGGGGAGGACUUGGAGAACAGGGUGACUCUGUUUCUCGGCAGCUCGUUCUUACAAACACAUCACUCGUUGAAAGACGCCCUGAGAAUUAUGAGGCUACCACUGUCCGACCUCUUGCAGCAGUAAGUGCCCUUGUCCGAUUUGCAGAAGAGCCACAGAUGUUUGCGUUUGAAUUUAACGAUGGCUGCCCGAUUCAUUUAUAUGCAAGUACGUCCCGUGAUAAUUUAAUCGCGACAGUUCUUGAUGUUAUACAAUCUCAGAGGCAAUGUGCAAUUCCAGUGCUGCCAAGGUUGACUUUGCAUGGUCACCGUAUAGAUCCACCUUGUGGGGUUGCCCAUCUUCAGAUACCUCAUCAUGCUACUGUUGAUAUGGAGGCUGCUAGCAUGCACAUAAAACAUUUAGCUGUGGUAGCAAAAGAGGCAUCUGAAAAUAUUCCUGGAGCAAAAAUCAAGUUAUGGCGUAGAAUAAGGGAGUUUAAUGCAUGCAUAGCCUAUACUGGAGUACCCAUAAAUAUUGAAGUACCUGAGCUGGUCCUAAUGGCUUUAAUUAGUCUUCUUCCGGUCACACCGCAAAACCUUCCUGCUGAUGCUCCUCCUCUUCCACCUCCCUCACCAAAAGCAGCAGCGACAAUAGUGGGGUUUGUUGCAUGCUUACGAAGGCUACUUGCAUCAAGAAGUGUCUCAUCUUAUGUGAUGGCAUUUCCUCUCGCUGUUGGGAGAAUAAUGGGUUUGCUUAGGAAUGGCUCAGAGGGAGUGGCAGCUGAGGCUGCUGGGCUUGUGGCUAUGCUAAUUGGGGGUGGUCCUGGUGAUACAUCGAUGUUAAUGGAUACAAGGGGAGAGUCCCAUGCUACCUACAUGCAUGCGAAGUCUGUACUGUUUGCGCAAUCGAUCUAUGUUCCAGUCCUUGUUAACAGAUUGAAGCCAUUAUCAGUUUCACCAUUACUUUCUCUGUCUGUUGUGGAAAUCCUUGAAGCUAUGCUUUGUGAUCCCCAUGGUGAAACAACCCAGCAUGCUACAUUUGUUGAGCUACUACGUCAAGUUGCCGGUUUGCGCCGCCGUUUGUUUGCAUUAUUUGCACACCCUGCUGAAAGUGUAAGGGAAACAAUUUCUGUUAUUAUGCGUACAAUUGCCGAGGAAGAUGCAAUAGCAGCAGAGUCCAUGCGUGAUGCUGCCUUGAAGGAUGGUGCACUUUUGAGGCAUUUGUUAAAUGCCUUUUUUUUCCCUGCUGGUGAGCGGCGUGAUGUUAGUCGGCAGCUUGUUGCUCUGUGGGCUGAUUCUUAUCAACCUGCGCUGGAUUUGCUGUCACGAGUACUUCCUCCUGGACUCGUUGCUUAUCUUCAUACGAGAUCUGAUGAAGAUUCUCAGAACCAGUAUGAUGAAGUACCGUUAAGCAGAAGGCAGAGGCGAAUACUUCAGCAGAGGAGGGCUGUUGGUGGCAAGAGUACGGAUACACCAGAACAAGGAAUGCCUCAUAAUAGAGUUGAUGAUGAAGAUUUCUUCAGGCACACCGGUAUAGGUCCUUUUGGAGGAGCAGAUAUCCAACAAAGGCAUGUCAGCCCGUACCCAACUUCCCACGCCCCUUCUCCCGCUAUGAGUACUGAUCCUUCUCAUGCACUUCCAUAUGGUGCUGUACCUGAGGCUGCUCCUGAAAAUCAUCAACUUGGGAUACCACAGCUGGAUUCACAUCCUUAUUCGGUGGACUCCAUUGCUAAUGGUGACCUUGUUGGCUCCUCACAUUCAGAUUUCUCAGUACCUGCGCAGGUUGUGGUGGAAAACACCCCGGUGGGAUCUGGCAGGCUACUGUGCAAUUGGUAUGGAUUUUGGAGAGCAUUCGGUGUAGAUCAUAAUAGAGCAGAUUUGAUAUGGAACGAACGCACACGACAAGAAUUAAGGGAAGCAUUGCAAGCUGAAGUUCAUAACCUGGAUGUUGAGAAAGAAAGAACUGAUGACAUCGUCCCUGGGAGUUCGGUCAGUGAGGAUGAUGGUAGCAGUGACACUUUACCACGAAUUUCAUGGAACUAUGCUGAGUUUUUAGUUAGCUACCCUAGUUUGUCUAAAGAAGUCUGUGUGGGGCAAUACUAUUUGAGGUUGUUACUUGAAAGUGGAAGUAACUACCGAGCACAGGAUUUUCCACUACGCGAUCCUGUUGCGUUUUUUAGAGCUUUGUACCAUCGUUUCUUGUGUGAUGCGGAUAUUGGUCUCACUGUGGAUGGUGCAGUUCCUGAUGAACUGGGUUCAUCUGAUGAUUGGUGUGACAUGGGAAGAUUGGAUGGCUUUGGUGGUGGUGGAGGUUCCUCUGUAAGAGAACUUUGUUCAAGGGCAAUGGCUAUAGUUUAUGAACAACAUCACAAAAUUAUUGGUUCUUUUGAUGGCACGGCACAUAUUACGGUUCUAUUAGACAGAACAGAUGACAGGGCACUAAGGCACCGGUUGCUACUUCUGUUAAAGGCCUUCAUGAAUGACCUUUCAAAUGUUGAAGCAUGUGUUCUUGUUGGAGGCUGUGUUUUAGCUGUCGAUUUGCUAACUGUUGCUCACGAAGCAUCAGAACGGACAGCUAUUCCUUUGCAGUCUAAUCUCAUUGCGGCAAGCGCAUUUAUGGAGCCUUCUAAAGAGUGGAUGUAUGUUGAUAAAGAUGGUGCAAAAGUUGGCCCACUUGAAAAGGAUGCUAUCAGAAGGCUGUGGUCAAAGAAGUCAAUUGAUUGGACAACAAAGUGUUGGGCUUCUAGUAUGUCUGACUGGAAAAGAUUACGUGACAUCCGGGAGGUGCGUUGGGCACUUUCUGUUAGAACACCCGUUCUGACACCUACUCAGAUUGGGGAUGCCGCAUUGUCUAUAUUGCAUAGUAUGGCAUCUGCACAUUCUGAUCUUGAUGAUGCCGGCGAGAUAGUGACCCCAACUCCUAGGGUGAAACGUAUACUGUCAAGUCCAAGAUGCCUUCCUCAUGUUGCUCAGGCCAUGCUUACUGGGGAACCAAGCAUUGUUGAAGCAUCCGCCUCUUUGCUUAAGGCUAUUGUCACGAGAAACCCCAAAGCUAUGAUUCGACUAUACAAUACUGGCGCUUUUUACUUUGCCUUAGCAUACCCUGGUUCAAAUCUCCUAUCAAUUGCACAACUAUUUGCAGCCACUCAUACCCAUCAAGCCUUUCAUGGCGGUGAAGAGGCAGCAGUAUCUUCAUCAUUGCCAUUGGCAAAGCGUAGUGUGCUAGGUGGACUACUCCCAGAAUCAUUGUUGUAUGUCUUAGAACGCACUGGUCCUUCCGCUUUUGCUGCUGCAAUGGUCUCUGAUUCUGACACACCAGAAAUUAUAUGGACCCACAAGAUGAGGGCAGAACAUCUUAUUCGUCAGGUUCUGCAGCAUCUUGGUGACUUUCCUCAGAAACUAGCCCAACAUUGCCAUUCAUUGUAUGAUUAUGCUCCUAUGCCACCUGUGACAUACCCGAAUUUGAAAGAUGAGAUGUGGUGCCAUCGUUACUACCUUCGGAACCUAUGUGAUGAGAUCAGGUUUCCUAACUGGCCUAUUGUCGAACAUGUAGAGUUUCUACAGUCAUUAUUGGCAAUGUGGCGGGAAGAGUUAACUCGCCGCCCAAUGGAUUUGUCCGAAGAAGAAGCCUGCAAGAUACUGGAGAUUACUCUUGAUGAUCUUGUGCUUGUUAAGAAUGGCAGUAGCAAGCAGUCAUCUGAGCUAAGUUUGGCCAAUUUGGCAAACAGUAUUGAAAACAUUGAUGAAGAGAAGCUCAAGCGCCAAUACCGGAAGCUGGCAAUAAAAUACCAUCCAGACAAGAACCCUGAGGGAAGAGAAAAGUUUGUUUCUGUGCAAAAGGCUUACGAGCGAUUGCAGGCAAGUAUGCAAGGAUUGCAAGGACCACAAGUCUGGAGGCUGAUACUCUUACUUAAGGCACAGUGCAUUUUGUACAAGAGAUACGGGCAUGUCUUGGAACCAUUCAAAUAUGCUGGCUAUCCAAUGUUGCUAAAUGCAGUUACUGUAGACAAGGAUGAUAGCAAUUUUCUUUCAUCUGAUAGGGCCCCUCUUCUGAUAGCCGCUUCAGAGCUAAUUUGGCUGACAUGUGCAUCAUCUUCAUUAAAUGGAGAAGAGCUUAUACGAGACAGUGGUAUCCCAUUGUUGGCUACACUUCUUUCACGUUGCAUGUGCAUUGUUCAGCCCAAAACUCCGGCGCAUGAACCAGCAGCAAGAAUAGUCACCAACAUAAUGCACACAUUCUCAGUACUCAGCCAGUUUGAGUCAGGAAGAGUUGAGAUUCUUAAGUUUGGUGGCCUUGUUGAGGACAUUGUGCACUGUACAGAACUUGAAUUUGUUUCCUCAGCUGUGGAUGCUGCUUUGCAGACAGCUGCUAACGUUUCAGUUUCAUCUGAAUUGCAAAAUGCACUGCUAGCGGCUGGCUUUUUAUGGUAUGUGUUGCCUUUGCUGCUUCAAUAUGACUCAACAGCAGAAGAGAAUGAGCCAAACGAAGCACAUGGCGUUGGGGCAAGGGUGCAGAUUGCUAAAAAUCUACAUGCAGUACAUGCAUCUCAGGCUUUGUCAAGGCUUUGUGGUCUUGGUGGUGACGGAAUAUCAAGCCCAUCUAACCAUGCUGCUUUUGACACACUAAGAGCACUUCUUACUCCCAGGCUUGCUGAUAUGCUGAGAAAUCAUCCACCCAAAGAGCUAUUAUCAAAUCUAAAUUCAAACUUGGAGUCACCAGAGAUCAUAUGGAAUUCUUCAACCAGAGGAGAGCUCCUUAAAUUUGUCGACCAGCAGCGAACUAGUCAAGGUCCUGAUGGUUCAUACGAUUUGGCAGAGUCACAGUCUUUCACCUAUCAAGCUUUGUCAAAAGAAUUGAAUGUUGGUGAUGUCUACCUGAGAGUUUACAAUAAUCAGCCAGAUUAUGAAAUAAGUGACCAGGAAGGCUUUUGCAUCGCUCUGCUUAAAUUUAUAGCAGGGUUGGUACAAAAGUGGAAUUCUGUAAAUUUGGAGGAAAAUAAUAGGCAUGAAGAUGAUUCAGUUAAUGGCACAUCUACUGAAAAUGGUGAAGUCAGUGAUUCAACUAAUGAAGGAAAAGAGGAUAAUUUAUUUGAAAAAGAUGGUAAAGGAGAAACCGUUGGGGACACCGAAGUGAUAAUGAACCUCCGAAGUGGGUUAACUUCACUUCAGAAUCUUCUGACAAGUAAUCCAGGCUUGGCUGCUGUUUUUGCUUCCAAGGAACGGUUGACACCUCUUUUUGAGUGCCUUGCGCUGCCUGUUCCCCCCGAAAGCAACAUCCCACAAAUUUGUCUAAGUGUUCUUUCUCUUUUGACAAAGCAUGCUCCUUGUUUGGAGGCCAUGGUUGCAGAAAGGACAAGUCUCAUUUUGCUAUUCCAGAUACUACACAGAAAUCCUUCUUGCAGGGAUGGAGCACUCGCUGUCCUCUAUUCUUUAGCCAGCACACCAGAGUUGGCUUGGGCUGCUGCCAAGCAUGGUGGUGUAGUGUACAUUCUCGAACUUAUGUUACCGCUCCAAGAGGAAAUCCCUAUGCAGCAAAGAGCUGCAGCUGCAUCGUUAUUGGGCAAACUCGCUGGCCAGCCAAUGCAUGGUCCCAGGGUGGCCAUCACACUUGCAAGAUUCUUGCCUGAUGGUCUGGUUUCCGCAAUCAGAGAUGGACCUGGUGAAGCUGUUGUUUCAUCUCUUGAGCAUACAACAGAAACACCAGAACUCGUAUGGACUCCUGCGAUGGCAGCUUCUCUUUCUGCCCAACUGUCAACCAUGGGCGCAGACCUCUACCAAGAGCAGAUGAAAGGACGUCUUGUUGAUUGGGAUGUGCCUGAACAGGCAUCUGGUCAACAUGUAAUGAAGGAUGAACCACAGGUUGGAGGAAUUUAUGUGAGACUCUUCCUAAAGGAUCCCAAGUUUCCACUGAGAAACCCUAAAAGAUUCCUGGAAGGGCUCUUAGAUCAGUAUGUCUCCUCAGUUGCUGCUACACACUAUGAAGCAAAUGCUGUUGAUCCAGAGCUUCCUUUGCUGCUUUCUGCUGCACUGGUUUCCUUGUUGCGUGUUCAUCCAGCACUUGCAGACCAUGUUGGCUACCUAGGUUAUGUCCCGAAGCUGGUUGCAGCUAUGGCCUAUGAGGGAAGAAGGGACACUAUGGCAUCUGGGCAGGCCACAAGUAGAUCGCAAGCAAAUCCUAUUGAGCAUGACAACUCUGAUGGUCUCCCUGAGACCAGUGUGCAGACUCCACAAGAGCGGGUUCGCCUUAGUUGUUUGCGAGUGCUACAUCAGCUGGCGUCUAGCACGACUUGUGCCGAAGCUAUGGCAGCAACGAGCGCAGGAACUCCUCAGGUUGUUGCACUGCUUAUGAAAGCAAUUGGAUGGCAAGGUGGAAGUAUAUUAGCAUUAGAGACGCUAAAGCGUGUAGUUGGCGCUGGUAAUCGAGCUAGAGACGCGCUUGUUGCACAGGGGUUAAAGGUUGGUCUUGUUGAUGUGCUCCUUGGCAUCCUUGAUUGGCGAGCUGGUGGAAGACAGGGACUCUGUAACCAAAUGAAGUGGAAUGAAUCUGAGGCUUCAAUUGGGCGUGUGUUAGCAGUGGAGGUACUUCAUGCUUUUGCAACGGAAGGUGCACACUGCACUAAAGUUCGAGAAAUCCUGAAUUCUUCUGAUGUGUGGAGCGCUUACAAGGACCAGAAGCAUGAUCUGUUCCUUCCAUCCAACGCGCAAACUUCCGCUGCUGGUGUCGCGGGGCUCAUUGAGAGCUCGUCUUCAAGGCUCACCUACGCCCUCACCGCGGCGCCGUCGCCUCAACCAGCCCUGGUCCGUCUACCCUCCUCGUCUCCUCCAUCGUGAGGUCCUGCAAAUCCUGCCAGCGGGCGGCAUUCUUAUCAUCAGCUUUCAUAGCGGGCAAGUCUGGGAACACUAGUCUUUUGAGUUGGUAGCAGGUUGAGUAUUGCUUUGUGAUGAUUCCUCGCUGCUGCAGCCGGCAAUACCAGGGGCUGGCUGGCUUGCAAGUACAUAGCAUGUACAGUUUUUCCAUUACACACAGGUGAAAGGUUGGGUUUCGUGCAUUUCUUGUACAUGUAAAGCAUAUAUACUCUUUUUUGUAUCGUACAUCUGUCCAUAGAAAAUAUCCAAGAUGCAAAUGGUUGUAUCGCUUCGUUGUGGAUUGGGUGUUGGCACACAUGCCAUGAUGUACCCCGGCCUCAUUUUCUAAUUUUUCACUGAUACCGUGGUGACA